AUCUGCACAUCUCUGCAGAUAUAAAACCAGAAGAUUUAGGUGUGACAGUCUUUAGAAAUUGUUUUCAGGGAAUACUUUAGGCUGAGAUUGAAGACAUCUACACUUUUUAAGGAGUUUACUAAGAGGAGUUUGUAAACUGUGGGAUCAUGAUUGAAGAUUUUCUGCAGUCCUCAACUUCGGUCUCCUUGUUUGGGGUCGUUGUUGGUCUGUUGGUUGUCUACCUUCUUUUGUCCAGCUUCAGCUCCCAGGAAAGGAGGGAGCCUCCAGGACCCAGACCUCUUCCUCUGCUUGGUAACCUGCUUCAGGUGGAUCUAAAGAGACUCGACCAAAGCCUUGUUGAUCUUUCCAAAAAAUAUGGACCAGUGUUCCAAGUCUACUUUGGAACGAAGAAGGUGGUGGUCCUGGCAGGUUACAGGACAGUCAAACAGGCUCUGGUAAACCAUGCUGAUGAGUUUGGAAAUAGAGAAGUCAGUCCAAUUUUCUAUGAUUUUAACAAAGAACAUGGUAUACUGUUUUCCAAUGGAGAGUCGUGGAAGGAAAUGAGGCGUUUUGCUCUGACCACGCUCAAAGAUUUUGGAAUGGGCAAGAAGAUAAGUGAAGAAAAAAUCCUCGAGGAAUCUCACUACCUGAUUAAAGAAUUUGAGCAAUUUGAAGGUAAACCUUUCAACAACACCCAGGCCAUUAACUAUGCAGCUUCAAAUGUUAUAUCAGCUCUAAUGUUUGGAAAGAGAUUUGAAUACAAAGACCCGGUCUUCCAAGCCAUGGUGGAAAGAGAUAAUGAGACUAUCCAUCUGACUGGAUCUGUUUCCAUCCUGAUAUACAACUUUUUUCCCUGGCUGGGCCCAUGCCUUAAAAACUGGAGGGUUGUGAUGAAGAAUAUAGAAGCCGGAAAGGAAGACACAAGGAAGAUAAUAGCAGACCUGAAGGAGACUCUGGACCCUAAUAUGUGCAGAUGCUAUAUUGAUGCAUUUCUGAUCCGAAAGCAAACUCUGGAGGAGUCUGACAUCAAGAAUUCCCACUACCACGAUGAUAACCUGGUCUACAGUGUGACAAACUUGUUUGCAGCUGGAACGGAUACCACAGGAACUACACUGAAGUGGUGUUUACUGUAUAUGGCAAAGUAUCCUCAUAUUCAAGACCGUGUUGUGGAAGAGCUGAGCAGGGUGGUUGGAAGUCGUCAGGUUCGAAUAGAGGACCGGAGGAACCUGCCGUUCACUGAUGCAGUUAUCCAUGAAUCACAGAGACUAGCCAACAUCGUCCCAAUGGCCAUUCCUCACACAACAAGCAAAGAUGUCACCUUUCAGGGCUACUUUAUCAAAGAGGGAACUACUGUCUUUCCUCUUCUUACUUCUGUCCUGUAUGAUGAGGGUGAAUGGGAAAGCCCUCGCACUUUCAACCCUUGUCAUUUCUUGGAUAACGACGGUAAAUGUAUCAAAAGAGAUGCCUUCAUGCCCUUCUCUGCAGGUCGCAGGGUGUGCCUUGGAGAAGGCCUGGCCAGAAUGGAGCUCUUCCUUUUCUUCACCUCCCUCCUCCAGCACUUUCGUUUUACUCCCCCACCGGGUGUCUCAGAAGAUGAACUGGAUCUGACACCAGUUGUGGGCUUCAUCCUCUCUCCUUUACCUCAGAUGCUGUGUGCCAUUAGGCGCCAGUGAGAAAGAGAGCUGAAACUUUGAACUUCUGUUGUCUUAUGCCAUCUCUUUGAGUGGGGUGCUCUGCUUUGUCCAGUCACUUCCUGCUUAUUCACCUGUUGUGACAUAUGCUAGCUACAAAUCUAAAGGUAAAAGGUUCAAGAUUAACAGGGCUUAAUUGUGCUCAUGAUCUUUCAAUCAGUCUAACUUAAUAUGCAUGUCUUUUGACUGUUGGAGGAAACUGGAGUACUCAGAGAGAACCCAUGGACUUGAACAAGCAGUGUUCUUGCUGUGAGGCUGUGAUGCUAAUCACCACACCACAGUGCAGCCCAACCUAUUGUCAUUGAUGUUCAGAUAGCUAGCCUUCGCAUCAAUCUCUCAAGCAGAAGUAUCGCGGGAAGAUGUCUCAAUGCCUCGCUUCACCGUAUGAAAAACCAUGUGAUUCUCCAAAUGAAUUAUUAUUCUCAACUGGAAAUUCUCAAUUAAUAUUAUUAAUUGGUGAUUUAUUAAAUAAACUCCAAUUUCAAUUCAUUUUCAUGACUGAAUUAUUUAACUGCUCAGUACUCUUUUCUUAUUAAGACAUUGUUAAUUAUGUAAAAAAGGAAUUAUAAUACAUAAUGCUGGUCUCUCUUGUGUCUCUUCUGGCAAAAAAAGUUAUAAACUUGGGUAGGCAGAAAAUUAUUAUUAUCCUAUUUUGUGUAUUAACUUUUACCAACAACCAGUAGGCUAUAAAUAAAAUGCACAACAAUUCUAUUGAGAGGAGAACAGGAAGUUUAUAAUAAAUUUAGCAUUAUAUGCAUUUCAAAACACAAAACAAAUGAAUAGAAACUUGUAAACAAUAAAACUGUGCACUGUAUACCAAGCCAUUUAAAUUUCUAACACUUACAAAUGUUGACUUUUUUACUUGUGAAUUACAUGUAGCCCUGGCAAUAUUAGGGCAAAGGGCAUCUGUUUCAGAUUAGAGUACGCCUUGUUACAUUACACGAGCCCUGUUUGUGCUGUAAUAUUAACACUGAAACUAACCUUGGGGCUGCACAGUGAUGUGGUGGGUAAUAGUGUCGCCUCACAACAAGUAAGUUCCUGGUUUGACUCUUGGAUGGGAUCUUCCUGUUCAGAGUUUGCAUGUUCUAUCUGUGUGUGUGUGUUCCUCUGGGUACACAGGCUUCCUUCCAAAAUCUAAAAAUUUGCAGAUGCAUGUCAGCUGGUGACUUAAUUGACUGAGUUUGAGUAUGUGUUGUCUUGUUUGACUGUGUUGGCCCUGUAUUGGACUAGUGACCUGUCCAGGGUGUACCAUGUCUCUUGCCUGGUAAAGGUUACAGCCCCCUUUGCAACCUUGAAUUGGAUUUAGUAAGUAUAAAAGAUGGGAUAGAGGGAUAUAGUGUGUGUGCAUGCAUGUAAAAGCUGAGGGUUUCUGUGUAAAAUGGGCAGAGAAAAAUGAGCAGAUAUGUACAUUUUCUAGUUGUUAACCAUAUUUUCUGACACCUGUAAUAAUCUUAGACUCAAAUAUGUUAAGCAAAUGUAACAAAACCAUUUAAACUUGAAUGAUCCAAGUUUUAUGUCUGUUUUGGAAAUUUGUGCAAUUACAUAAAAUUAAAAGAAAACUACAAACAGCAAUAUAACAGAAAUUUUUUUCAAGAUUUUAAACCAUUUUGUAGGUUCUGACAGCAUUAAAAUUCUAGUUCAGACUAAAAGUUGGGAGUAUAUCAUCCCAAGAAGACUACUGAUUUUUUUUUUUUUUUAACUCCACAG